ACUAGAGUUAAAUAAAGAAAAAUAAUACAAUAUUUUUAGAAUGUCUUGUCAAGUGGAACAAAUAGCUGAUUGUGGCGAUUUAUCAAGCUUGGGAAGAGCUUUGUUUAUAUCAGAAAAAGAAGGUAUCAAAUUAGUUCGUAGUAAUCAUAAAAAUUGUCAAAGUUGUCGUGCAAUUUAACUGUAUUUCAAGUUUCAGAUGAAAAUUGGCUUCCACUGUGUACAAUAUCUUUGUCUUCGUGUGGCAGUUUAUUGUCAGUUGGGUAUAAGAACCGUCUUUGUUUAUUAACCAAUCAAUGGAUUAGCCUUACAAGUAGUCGCACAUUCAUUAUCUCAUGGAGUGGAACAUUACCUUCAGACAUCACAGCUGUUUUAGCAUUACCUAUUUGCCCAUCACAGCAAUCGUCUCAGAAUGGACCUGAUUGGUUUUGUAUUAUAGUUGGUUUUAAAAAUGGGAGUGUUGGUUUUUAUACUGACACAGGACAUUUGCUUUUGCUAGAAAAAUUAGAUGACUGCCCAGUUAUGAAAAUUUCUUGCCAUACUGGAACUUAUGGAACCUUGCCUGAUGAUAUACACAUACUCUUUUCAACUUGUGAGUGUAUUGUCACAGGUUCAAGCCUGUAUCAAACACUUAGACAUGCCAAGGCACAACUAGCUCGAGUGAGAGCUGGUAUCCAAGGGGACUAUUCAGUUGACAGUCGUAGUAUCAAUAUACGAAAAUGGACAUUCUCUGAACAGGAAGUUAUAAAUGAUGCUUCUGUUGUGGGAUUAGACCUAAAGAACACUUAUGAUCAUUUGCUAGCAGCAUCCACUUAUGGAGGAUAUGAUGUUUGGUAUCGUUCAGUCCCUCCAGUCAACACUUUAAUACUUGGAGCCGGUGUUAAGCCCUAUGUUGGUUUUCACUAUGCUCUUGAAGGCGGAACAGCACCGCCCCUACAAGAUGUAGCGAGGGCUGUUGCCAAUAAGAUAAAGUCAGCUCUUCCAGGUUGGCUGGGAGGAGGAUCUACAGAAAAUACUACAAUUGUAAAUGAGCCAUUGAUUCGCUCAGAGGCUCUAUCAAUGCGCAAUGGCCUGUUUGAUGGACAGCGAAAUGGCAACUCAGUGGCUGUAUCACCUGACCGUCGGCUUGCUGCAAUUGUGGACAGUUUAGGCCGUGUCGCAGUUCUGGACGUGACCCGUGGACAUCUAAUUAGGCUCUUCAAAGGUUGCAGAGAUGCACAAUGUGCAUUUGUUCAGAUUUUUGAAAUGGAAGACAAGAAACCGCAUUUGUCAAUUGUAAAAGAACUAAAGAGAGCAAUAUUCUUAAUCAUAUAUAAUCCAAAAAAAGGUCUAAUUGAUAUAAGAAUUAUGCAAAAAGGAAACAGGGUGGCGGCUUUCACUGCGACUAAAAACGGGCUUCUACUGUACAAUACGUGCGGUCUAGUCGGUGCUAUGAAAAAUUAUUCAAACAAAAAAAUUAAUUUGCCUGAGUUUCAGUGUGUAUUGAUUGACCCAGAUGGAACAUUGAAGAGGUUUAAUAUUCCAUUCUUUUAUGCUCUUGAAGGAGAAUACUCUCAAAGAUCUAAAGACCUGCACACGUUGCGAGAUUUACGUGAUUACCUUAAAAAAACAUCUGAGGACUCCGAAGGUUUUGUUGAAGAACUUAUUAAAAAAGCGUCUGAAUUAAAAACACUGGAUUUAAAAAAGCAUUGUUUAGAUAUGUUAGUAAGAAAAUACGAAAUAACCCCGAAAAUUGUUAUGGCUUGUCUAAGUCAAUUCUGGGACGGCAUUGAAAAUGAGGAGUUGAGUGAUCAAUUAAUUGAAAUUAAAAACUACCUCGCAAAUUUUGCCUUAGCAACUUUAUUCUUUAGACACAUGAAUGGAGAAAAUGUUGAUGAUAUGCGAGAUUUAGUUACUAAAGUACAUAGCUACAUUAAUCCAAGCACUGAAGAACCUGAAAUACCCAGUCCCAAAAAUUCAGAAACUGAUAAAGCUCAAUUAGAUGAGAGUCCGGAAACACCAUGUUUUGAACUUUUGGAGGAUGACAAUUGUAUCUUGGAGCGAUUGUUGACAUUAGCAAAAGAAAAUAAUUACAAGGAACAACAUCCUAGAGUAACUUUUGCCAUUAAUAAUGCUAGCGCAUACAAAGAAUUUCUUUCGUGUUUCAGUUUAGAUUCUAAAGAUACAUGCAUACGCUUGAAGUCUGAAACUACAACAGAUCAAAUUAAUACCCUAGCCAGUAGCACGUUUAAAUCCAUAUUUAAAUUAGACGAUGUCACACUGCUAAGUGAUUACGUAAAAGAAUGUAAUAUGGAUCCUAAAGAAAUAGUAAAACUAUUAAUUAUGCAGGUGAUGAACAUGCCAUUACAAGAUAUUAAUUUGGAACUCAUUGAAAAAUUGAUACAAGUUUUAUAUUACCUGUGUAAUAUUAUAGAAGAAGCAACACAGAUAGCUUACAAUGAGACAUCGCCGUGGUGGCAGGAUGUUCGCGAUAUAUUAGUGGAUAUGCCAUGCCCUUUGAGGAGCAUGAUAGUGGCAAUGGCUUGUAAAGCAGUCAGUCGGAUAUUUGAAAUAAAAUGUCAAGAAAUAGAUGAUACUUUGUGGGAAUCUGUAACUAAAGAAAAUGCCAAAUGGGGUAUCCUUAUCGGAAAGUUGGAAGAUAUUUCUAUACUUAGCAUUAUACUUAUGUUCAAAGAUUCACUACCUGGAAAUUCUUUACCGAAAAUUCAAAUGACGGAAUUUAACAUAAAUCUAAAAUACAUAUACACAAGAGGAAAAGGAUCUGUGACUGAAUUAAUAGCCAAGUGGUUAUGCAGUAUGGGCGUUUUGCCUGAAGCAAUAAUAACCAACGAAUUACUUGAAAAAUAUGCCGGCGUUGAUUUAGAAACAGCAUUUGAUAGCAGCGAUGAUGACCAUGAUUACCUAUAUAUUGAAAACCACCGUAUGUAUGUUGAUGAUAAUCCUAAAAUAUUUAAGUGGCUCUCUCUUUUGAGACAACAGUUUCCGUUAAGUACAUCUUCAAAUUAUAUUAUUGCUAAUAUGUGUUGGGAAUAUUCAAUAGCUUGGCAAAAGUCUAUGCAAAAUUGUGAACUUCUCAACACAGUCAAUCAUUGUCUGAAGAGCAUAUCCGAUUUGCAUAUAAGACUAGGUUUAUAUUCCAUAAUAUGGUUUACAUACAUCAAGCAUGUAUUUGAAGCAAGUUGUCGGCUGGUGAACAAAGUAGGUCGACUACCAAAAGAUCCAUUAUGUCUUCAAGAUGUUGGAUAUGACAGUGCAAGUAUGAUAAAAUUUCUUGAAGUUGUAACAAAGUACUUGGGUGAAUUCUUAGACUGUUCUCAAAUGUCAAUUAGUCACGAUAAAAUAAAUAUACAAUAUGAAAAAAUUUGGGACGAAAGUAUGCCUUCUUUAGUAGAAGUGGCUCAAGAUAAUAAAAAAGUUAAUAAUGACAUAUUAAAUUUGAACUAUCAAAUCUCGUGCACAGUGUACUACAUGUGUCAUUUUAACGUAAAAGUAUCAAAACCACUAGACAGCUUGUAUGAUAUUGACUACCAGUACAUAUUUGAUUCAUUAAUUGAUAGUAAACACACUAGAGAAAUAAACAUGAGACCAUCAGAAAAACUAAGAAAUCCAAGAUUAAAGUUCUUAACAAAACUAAUUCGUUGUGCUGUUGAUACAAUUACUACUAGUGAUGAACUUGGAUCACCCCAAUACGAUUGUGGGGAAUGUUUUCCUUGGAUUCAGAAAAUAACUCUAUUAGCGGAGUUAUGGAACAUCGAUACUGAUUUUGUACGACGUCAGCAGGUAAUAGCUUUGUACCACCUUGGAUAUGACAUUUUGGCUGAGAGUAUAAUAAACUUGCUUACGGAACCAGAAAUACUGCUAACACCACUUCUAGCAAUAACAACACAGAGAUUCAAGAGAAGUUUGGAACAAUCAAGCAAUCAACCAGAAUGGAUAGUAACAAUGCCACCAAAUCUCUACAAACGUCUUCAAAAUGUAGCUCUGGACACUUCAAUACCAGCUCAUCCAUCAUUGUCUACGACAAAAAUGGUGCUUAAUAGGUUGCUGUACAAAAUAGACCAAAAAGAAAACUGCUCAGCAAAUCCACAAGAGAUUAAAGCAAUACAACUUUUUAUUGACAACUGUGACGUGUUGAUUUCGUAUAAACUGUAACCUUAUAUAACGACACCGCUGAACUAAUUUUUGCUAUAUUGUUUAUUUUUUAUUAAGUACCUAUAAAAUAAUAAAAUAUAGAUGUCAAUUAAUCAGCAAUGCUAUCUGCUUACUCCAUUUGUUUCUACUUAGUUAGGUGUUAAGAUGAAGGCAUUUUACAAAAACAUAAAAUGUAACUAUACGUAUUCACAGACAUAUAUUUGAAUAGAUAACACUAGUCUCAUUCCUUGUAUAGAAACCAGGCGUGCGUGCCAUUAUUUUUUACCCAAUGACGUCACGUGAGCGAUUUCGUGAUGGGAACUCCACGUCCGCACGUAAACGAUUCAAAACCACCGCACCGUCGCGCUCAAGGUUUGUUCCGGCCGCCAGUACGCCGUCAGUCUUUACUCCACUUUCUUCAGCAUUAGUUUGUAUUGCGUUAUAGACCACGCGAAGUGCAUGCACUUGCGUUGUCUAUUCAAAUAUAAGUCUGUGUUCGUAUUGCUAUUUAACAUAAAUAUAGUACAAUUCAAACUUAAUGGCGGCUGUGAAGUUAGCUGCGAGUGAAUUUUCGCGCAUGUAGAGUCAAGUUCACAAUAAUUUGUAUUUGAAUAUAUGUGGUAUACAGGUGUUGUUGUUGUUGUACAUCAAUAUCAGUCGGCAAUACGCCUGUUGCUGCCGCCACCCUUUUUUGAACGAGCUUCAUAGGAAUUCGAGGCCCGUCUGCAUAAAACGUUGAAACCUUCGCGUGACAUAAUGACAGCAACUCAAAAAUAUAUUCUUCCAAGAACAACAACAGUCAAAAACUUAACGUUAACAAGGAACCGAUAAAAAGAAAAGAGUCAAAGUCAUUAAACUUAACGGAACAAUAACGACAAAACAAUUAACAAAAAACUAUGAGCUCGACUGUACGCAAGCAGGAAUGCGCGCAAGUGUGCAGUCCCUCUACGUUCCGCUAAUGCUAAUAUCCAAAAAAUGUGUUCUGCGCAGCGAAACGAACGAUGUUCAGAGCCGCCAUUAUGUUUGAAUCGUACUAUACCUACCCUCUAUUCUCUGUCAAAGAUACCUACUUUAUCAUUAAAAAUAAUUGAUGUGUCAUAGGUAAAUUACUACAAUAUUGUUAAGUUUAUUCAUUGCAUUAAAGUAAAUUUACGAAACUACAGAACCUUCUCUCAAGUUUUAUUCCUUAAAAUAAUAAAACUAAAUUAGGAUCUCUCUCAUAUCUUUCUCGUCUUCCUCCUCCUCUACGUUCUAGCGCGUGAGGGAACUACCCUCAUCCCACCCAAUUCGCCGGGACGUCAGGGCGCGGCGAUAUCCGACCACCGACGUGAGCGUACGGCGCGUACCGUUCCACUUCAAAUUCAAAAGACCGCCACAGAUGGAUGGACCCGAUUGGGCAGAUGUUCAGCUGGAGUUGCGGGGUAAGCGGAAUAUGGUAACGUGACCUCUGCCUGGUGCACGACAAGAAACGGGGUGGUUUUUAGUCAAAACAGUCUGACACCCACUCUCGCCCCACCCUGGACAAAAAUAC